AUGGUGACUGUAGUGAGCCGGCUCGGCUGCACCGGCACACAGCCAGCGCCGGACGAUCUAUCAAAUAUCCGCGCAAACACACCCCGCGUUGUCACAGCAUUACCUAAUACCCCGACAGCUGUCUGCUACGUGCACUGCUACGAGGCAACAAGCUACGUGGCUACGAGCUACGUUGCUAUACGAGCUACAUGCUACGAGGCUACGAGCUACGUGGCUACGAGCUACGUUGCUAUACGAGCUACAUGCUACGAGGCUACGAGCUACGUGGCUACGAGCUACGUUGCUAUACGAGCUACAUGCUACGAGGCUACGAGCUACGUGGCUACGAGCUACGUGACUACGAGCUACGUUGCUAUACGAGCUACAUGCUACGAGGCUACGAGCUACGUGGCUACGAGCUACGUGACUACGAGCUACGUUGCUAUACGAGCUACAUGCUACGAGGCUACGAGCUACGUUGCUAUACGAGCUGAUUGCUACGAGGCUACGAGCUACGUUGCUAUACGAGCUGAUUGCUACGAGGCUACGAGCUACGUUGCUAUACGAGCUGAUUGCUACGAGGCUACGAGCUACGUUGCUAUACGAGCUGAUUGCUACGAGGCUACGAGCUACGUUGCUAUACGAGCUGAUUGCUACGAGGCUACGAGCUACGUUGCUAUACGAGCUACAUGCUACGAGGCUACGAGCUACGUGGCUACGAGCUACGUGACUACGAGCUACGUUGCUAUACGAGCUACAUGCUACGAGGCUACGAGCUACGUGGCUACGAGCUACGUUGCUAUACGAGCUGAUUGCUACGAGGCUACGAGCUACGUUGCUAUACGAGCUACAUGCUACGAGGCUACGAGCUACGUGGCUACGAGCUACGUGACUACGAGCUACGUUGCUAUACGAGCUACAUGCUACGAGGCUACGAGCUACGUGGCUACGAGCUACGUUGCUAUACGAGCUACAUGCUACGAGGCUACGAGCUACGUGGCUACGAGCUACGUGACUACGAGCUACGUUGCUAUACGAGCUACAUGCUACGAGGCUACGAGCUACGUGGCUACGAGCUACGUGACUACGAGCUACGUUGCUAUACGAGCUACAUGCUACGAGGCUACGAGCUACGUUGCUAUACGAGCUUAUUGCUACGAGGCUACGAGCUACGUUGCUAUACGAGCUGAUUGCUACGAGGCUACGAGCUACGUUGCUAUACGAGCUGAUUGCUACGAGGCUACGAGCUACGUUGCUAUACGAGCUGAUUGCUACGAGGCUACGAGCUACGUUGCUAUACGAGCUACAUGCUACGAGGCUACGAGCUACGUGGCUACGAGCUACGUGACUACGAGCUACGUUGCUAUACGAGCUACAUGCUACGAGGCUACGAGCUACGUGGCUACGAGCUACGUUGCUAUACGAGCUACAUGCUACGAGGCUACGAGCUACGUGGCUACGAGCUACGUGACUACGAGCUACGUUGCUAUACGAGCUACAUGCUACGAGGCUACGAGCUACGUUGCUAUACGAGCUGAUUGCUACGAGGCUACGAGCUACGUUGCUAUACGAGCUGAUUGCUACGAGGCUACGAGCUACGUUGCUAUACGAGCUGAUUGCUACGAGGCUACGAGCUACGUUGCUAUACGAGCUGAUUGCUACGAGGCUACGAGCUACGUUGCUAUACGAGCUACAUGCUACGAGGCUACGAGCUACGUGGCUACGAGCUACGUGACUACGAGCUACGUUGCUAUACGAGCUACAUGCUACGAGGCUACGAGCUACGUGGCUACGAGCUACGUUGCUAUACGAGCUACAUGCUACGAGGCUACGAGCUACGUGGCUACGAGCUACGUGACUACGAGCUACGUUGCUAUACGAGCUACAUGCUACGAGGCUACGAGCUACGUUGCUAUACGAGCUGAUUGCUACGAGGCUACGAGCUACGUUGCUAUACGAGCUGAUUGCUACGAGGCUACGAGCUACGUUGCUAUACGAGCUGAUUGCUACGAGGCUACGAGCUACGUUGCUAUACGAGCUGAUUGCUACGAGGCUACGAGCUACGUGGCUACGAGCUACGUUGCUACGUGCUACGUUGCUAUACGAGCUACAUGCUACGAGCUACGUUGCUACGUGCUACGUUGCUACGUGCUACGUUGCUACGAAUUCUACGCGCUACGCGAUCUCUAA